AUGACAGCCUUAUUGAUGCAUGCUCAUAAAAACAUAUCUGUAACCGAUAAAGAAUGUGCCUGGCGCAAACAAAAAUCUAGUGACGAUGAUAGGGUUUCUACAAUAGAUGAACUUUAUCCUGAUAAAAGCAACUCUGUUAUUAAGAAAAUCAACUGUGAUAUUAAGCAAGUAUGUUUUGAAAAACUUAAGUCCAGUAAUCAUGUAGUAGGAUUUACUUGGUUACUUACUCCAGAACCAAGUAAUUCUCUUCAAAAUGUUUUGAGUAUACCACCUUUAGAUUCGGUACUUUUUUCUGAAGAAUUUAGAAAAACGGUAGAUAAAAAACAAUUUUUGAACAACUAUUUCAACCUUGAUUUCAAACAAAUUGAAGAAAUAGCUGCUCAAACGGUAGGACAGUCUGAAAAUAUCAAGUGGUCUUUUUACAGACAGUACAGGAUCACUGCAAGUAACUUUUCAAAAGUGUUAAAGAGUUUUAAAAGAAACAAGUAUCCACCAUCUCUUUUCAAAACUCUCAUAGGAAGUUAUAAUCUAGAAUCUUAUAGGUCUGUACAGUGGGGCAAAAAUCAUGAGAAGAUAGCUCUAAAAGAAUUUGAGGAAAAAUUAAAUAUUCAUGUUCAACCCACGGGUAUAUGGCUUCACACAUCAGGUCUCCUAGGAGCUAGUCCUGAUGGAUUGGCUGUAAUAAAUGGCAAACAAUACUGCAUUGAAAUAAAAUAUCCUUUUAAAUUCCGUAACCAAGUCCUAGAACAAUGUAUAAUAGAGCACACAGAUUAUAUUUUAAAAUUAAAUUCCAAUGAGAAGAUAUAUGAAUUAAAUACUGAUCAUGAAUACUUCAGCCAAAUACAAGGACAAAUAUUUAUGACCAAAUCUGUUGGUUGUAUUCUAAUUGUAUGGACAACUAAAAGUAUGGUUGCUAUCCAAAUCGAAGCAAAUGAUGACUGGAAGAACAAUAUUGAUAUUUUAUUAGAUUUUUAUCAUAAACAGUAUGUACCUUGGUUGCUAAAAUAA